AUGAACAUUACUAAACCGAACCUGCUCAGACAGGUCCUCCAGCCUGCUUGUUCUCGCAUCCUUCGUUGCCAUCAUGUUGUAUAUACCGGCUCUCGAACGAUUGGAACAACUUCAGGAAUACCGCUCACGGAGAAGAGCCACACGCCCACGCUGACGGCGAGACGUUCUCCGUAUCCUAGGCCGACGCAUACCAGUCUCUCAUUAACACCGGAGGUUGCGGACCAAAAAGUGAUACUUGCGGGAUGGCUAGUGUCCGAGAGUAAAGUUGGCAAGACGCUCUCCUUCUUCAAGUUCAGAGACACGCACGGAACGAUUCAACUAGUAGCCUCGCAGAACGAAGCACUCAAGGCUCUGCGUGAGAUCACGCCGAACUCUACAGUGCUUGUACAGGGUACGAUGCGGUUACGUCCAGAACAUCAAAGACGACCAGUCCCUGGAGGGAGCUUGGAAGUCAUGGUAGACUCUGUGACGCUACUGAAUCCUGCAGACCGCACUUUACCUUUCGACCCACUUGACGAACAUAACCUGGCCAACGAACACACACGGUUACAAUAUCGCUACCUCGAUCUUCGUCGCUCCUCACUAGCCCAAAACAUCAAGAAGCGCAGCGAGGUCGCACAUACUAUCAGAAGCACCCCAAUCUUGCUUCGGUCUACACCAGAGGGCGCGCGCGAGUUCCUUGUACCCACGCGUCUUUCUGCAAACGGCGCAGAGGCUUCCAAACAGCCGCUAUUCUAUGCCCUUACGCAGUCGCCUCAGCAACCGAAACAACUACUCGUCGCGUCUGGGGCAGUCGAUCGGUACUAUCAGCUCGCGAAGUGUUUCCGAGACGAGGAUGGCAGGAAGGAUCGGCAGCCUGAGUUCACUCAGGUGGAUCUCGAGAUGGCAUGGGUCAGCUGGGGAGAGGAAACUGGCAGCGUAGAGGGGGCUCGCGCUGAGAGCGGUGAACGUUCCCCGCCAGGUUACGCCACUGAGUGGCGGAUUGGCGGCGCCGAGGUUCGUGACAUCGUUGAGCAGGUAGUCCGGAGAGUAUGGGCAAAGGUGGAGGGUAUCGAACUACCGGGGUACUUCAGGGUAAUGACUUACAACGAAGCUAUGGCUCGCUAUGGCUCGGACAAGCCCGACUUGCGGUUCGGCUUGGAGGCACAGGACAUCACCCCCUAUCUACCCACACCUCUGCGUGGUGCUCUAGAGCAGCGGGGAGAAAUCCUUGAAGCAUUAUGUGUACGCAGGUCGGCUGCCGAUAAUGCUCCGUUCCUCAACGCCGCAGCGCAGCUCAGCGAGGGCGAACAGCAGGCUGUGCGAGGUUUCAAGGUCACCGACGGCACUGAUACUCUGUGGCUCGUCCAGAGUCCAGUUGUCUCCGACCUAUUGAGUGGCACCGCGGUAGCGCGGGACUUUGCUGGCCUGAACGCUCACUUGGGGCUAGAUCAAGGCGGGUAUGUGUGGUUGUCAAGACGCCGUCGAAAACCAGAGGGUGGCUCCACGAGUCUUGGUCGUGUGCGUCUUGAGCUAGCCAGUCGGGCUGAGUCCCUGAAGGAUCUCACGAUGCCGACUGAACCUCACUUUCUCUGGGUGACUGAGUUCCCGUUGUUCACUCGCGCGGACGCCGACAAGGAGUUCCUCGCGCACGGACGAUGGAGCAGUUCGCACCAUCCCUUCACGGCGCCGAUGUGGCAGGACGUCGAGAAGAUGUACGUUGGAGACUUCGAGUCGGUACGAGGCCAGCACUAUGACCUCGUCCUCAAUGGGGUAGAGAUCGGCGGGGGCUCUGUCAGGAUACACGACGCAGCCAUGCAGGAGUAUGUCUUCAAAGAAAUCCUCGAGCUCGACCGCCAAGAAAAGGCCUCCUUCAACCAUCUAUUGCACGCACUACGCUGUGGAGCGCCUCCGCACGGCGGCUUCGCUUUCGGCUUUGACCGCCUGAUGGCUAUCCUGUGCAAGACCGAAUCCAUCCGGGACGUCAUCGCCUUCCCGAAGACUGGCACAGGGACCGACUUGCUGUUCAAGAGCCCAGCAAAGGUCAGGAAGGCUGCCAUGGCGGAGUACGGCAUCCAACCGCUGUAGAUAUGUGAAAGACAUCCAUUUGGGGCACAUCAUGGAAUGCCGACCCCAAGAAAUUCGAAGCGAUACAAUACGUCGGCGCGAAAG